UCAUCUAUUUCACUAAUGGCAUCAGCAGCAGCUGCAAUCAUUAAAAUUGCAGCCCAUUCUUCUUCUUCCUCUUCCUUCGCUCUAUUCACUUCAUCUUCCAUUUUAUUAAGAUCCACUUGCUUUUCAAUCACAAAUACAAAAACAUAUCAAAACAAUCUAUUGUCUUGUGGUUUUUCCAGAAACAAAAGAAUGGCUCAUGUUAUUUCUAAGGCCACUCUUGGCCUCACUCUUCCUGCCCAAAUUGAUCACCCAAAGAUCUCUUUCUCCGCAAAAGAAACUGAUUUGGUAGAAUGGAAAGGAGAUAUACUAGCAGUUGGUGUCACAGAAAAAGACAUGUUAAAAGAUGAGAACUCAAAAUUCCAAAACCCAAUCUUAAAGAAACUAGAUUCACAAUUAGGUGGAUUAUUGUCCGAAGUAUCUGUUGAAGAAGAUUUCACUGGAAAGACUGGACAGUCAACUGUUAUUAGGCUCGCAGGUCUUGGGUCCAAACGGGUCAGCUUGAUUGGGCUUGGAAAGGGCUCCACGGGUUCAUCAACUGUAGCUUACCACAGUCUUGGUGAAUCUGUUGCAUCAGCUGCAAAGGCUUCACAAGCUAACAAUGUUGCCAUUGCACUUGCUUCUUUAGAAGGCUUAACUUAUGAAUCAAAAAUCGCCAUUGCUUCAGCACUAGCAAAAGGUACGCUGCUGGGUACAUAUGAAGAUAACAGAUUCAAAUCUGAGUCUAAGAAGUCAGCUUUGAAGUCUGUGGAACUUCUUGGUCUUGGAACUGGACCCGAACUGGAAAAGAAACUCAAGUACACUGAAGACGUUUGCUCAGGAGUAAUUUUGGCAAAAGAGCUUGUAAAUGCACCUGCUAAUGUGCUCACUCCUGAGGUACUAGCAGCGGAGGCUGAAAAGAUUGCUGCUACAUAUAGUGAUGUUUUGACAGCAAAGAUUUUGGAUACAGAGCAAUGCAAAGAAUUAAAAAUGGGUUCUUACCUUGGUGUUGCUGCUGCUUCUACAAACCCCCCAAAAUUUAUCCAUUUAUGUUAUAAACCUCCUAGUGGAUCUGUCAAGACCAAGCUGGCUUUGGUGGGGAAGGGAUUGACUUUUGAUAGCGGUGGCUAUAACAUUAAGACGGGACCUGGUUGUUCAAUAGAGAUGAUGAAAGUUGAUAUGGGAGGCUCAUCGGCAGUUUUAGGUGCUGCAAAAGCCCUCGGUCAAAUAAAACCACCCGGAGUAGAGGUUCAUUUUAUAGUGGCAGCUUGUGAGAACAUGAUAAGUGGAACGGGUAUGAGACCUGGAGACAUAUUAACUGCCUCAAAUGGAAAGACAAUUGAGGUUAACAACACUGAUGCUGAAGGCAGACUUACACUUGCUGAUGCUUUGGUAUAUGCAUGUAAUCAAGGUGUAGACAAGAUUGUUGAUUUGGCAACUUUAACUGGAGCCUGCAUUGUUGCUCUUGGUCCCUCAGUUGCAGGCAUCUUCACACCCAGUGAUGAAUUGUCAAAGGAGGUAGUUGCCGCCUCGGAAGUCGCCGGAGAAAAACUUUGGAGGAUGCCUAUGGAGGAGAGUUAUUGGGAGCAAAUGAAAUCUGGAGUAGCGGAUAUGGUUAACACUGGUGGUCGUCAGGGUGGUUCUAUUACUGCAGCUCUUUUCUUGAAGCAGUUUGUUGAUGAGAAAGUACAAUGGUUGCAUAUCGACAUGGCUGGUCCUGUUUGGAGUGACAAGAAAAAGGCAGCAACUGGAUUUGCUAUCUCGACUUUGGUGGAAUGGGUUGUGUUCAACUCUUCAUCUUAAAGCCUUUGAUAUCUUAGUAUGCCAUUUUGGUGUCUUAGUAUGCCAUUUUGGUACAAGGAAAGGAUCCCCUCAAGUUGAUCAACUUGAGAAUCAUGACCCUUGAUUUUAAUCUAAGGGUUUAGAUUCCUCCAACUUGACUGAGGGAUCUUAAUCCUUUAGGUACAAGGAAUAUUGAAAUGUGAACUAUGAGUUUUAUGAAUAAAAGGCUUCCUUGAUUGAA